AGAUGAGCGGGCUGCCGGGCGCCAGGACCUGCCCGGGUCCCGGAGAGGCCUCUGACCUGAAAUCCCCCCUGGGCGCCAGGUUCAGGGAACCGCUCACCGAGGCCCGGUUCCGGCAGCUCUUCGGGGACGCAGAGCAGGAGCGCGCGCGCCCGGCGGAGCCCCGCGGGUCCCCGCUGCGCCGGCGGUGCAGGCGGUGGGCCGGCGGCCGCUUCGGGCCGGGGGCGUGGCGCCUGCUGCUGGCCAGGCUGCCCCCGCUGCGGUGGCUGCCCCGCUACCGCUGGCGGGCCUGGCUGCUCGGGGAUGCGGUGGCCGGAGUGACCGUGGGCAUCGUGCACGUGCCCCAGGGCAUGGCUUUUGCCCUCCUGACCUCUGUGCCCCCAGUGUUCGGACUCUACACAUCUUUCUUUCCCGUCCUCAUCUACACCUUGUUGGGUACCGGGAGACACCUGUCCACCGGAACCUUCGCGGUGCUCAGCCUCAUGACGGGCUCGGCCGUGGAGCGGCUGGUGCCCGAACCCCUCGAGGGGAACCUGAGCGGAAUCGAGAGGGAACAGCUGGAUGCUCAGCGGGUUGGUGCGGCUGCAGCCGUGGCCUUUGGGAGCGGAGCACUGAUGCUGGGGAUGUUCGCGCUGCAGCUCGGGGUCCUGGCCACCUUUUUGUCGGAGCCUGUAGUCAAAGCGCUGACCAGCGGAGCCGCCCUGCACGUGCUCGUGUCCCAACUUCCUAGCCUCUUGGGGUUGCCCCUCCCGCGUCAGAUCGGCUGCUUUGCUCUCUUCAAGACGCUGGCCGCCGUGCUGGCGGCGCUGCCCCGGAGCAGCCCCGCGGAGCUGACCGUCUCGGCGCUCAGCCUGGCGCUGCUCGUGCCGGUCAAGGAGCUGAACGUGAGAUUCCGGGACAGGCUCCCCGCCCCGAUCCCAGGCGAAAUCGUCAUGGUGCUUCUGGCCUCUGUGCUCUGCUUCACCUCUUCCCUGGACACAAGAUACAACGUCCAGAUAGUUGGAUUGCUGCCCGGAGGAUUUCCCCAGCCUCUCCUCCCCAGCCUGGCUGAGCUGCCCAGGAUUCUGGCCGACUCGUUGUCCAUGGCACUGGUGACUUCCGCAGUGUCUGCCUCCCUGGCCUCCAUCUAUGCGGACAAGUACAGCUAUACUAUUGACUCCAACCAGGAGCUCUUGGCACAUGGUGCCUCCAACCUCAUCUCCUCCCUCUUCUCUUGCUUUCCCAACUCGGCCACAUUGGCCACAACCAGCCUACUAGUGGAUGCUGGAGGGAACACACAGCUGGCAGGCCUCUUCUCCUGCAUGGUCGUCCUGUCUGUGCUGCUGUGGCUGGGGCCCUUCUUCUACUACCUGCCCAAGGCUGUCUUGGCCUGCAUCAACAUCUCCAGCAUGCGCCAGAUGUUCUUCCAGAUGCGAGAACUCCCACAACUAUGGCGCAUCAGCCGCGUGGACUUUGCUGUGUGGAUGGUCACAUGGGUGGCUGUCGUGACCCUGAGCGUGGACCUGGGCCUGGCUGUAGGUGUGGUCUUCUCCAUGAUGACUGUGGUCUGCCGCACCCAGAGGGUACAGUGCCUGGCACUUGGACUGGCUGAGGGGACAGAGCUCUACAGGCCACUCAGAGAGAGCCACAAGCUCCUGCGGGUCCCGGGGCUCCGCAUCCUGAGCUAUGCAACUCCGCUCUACUUUGGGACCCGUGGGCAUUUUCGCCGCAUCCUGGAGUGGCACCUGGGGCUUGGAGAAGGAGGCAAGGAGGCUCCAAAGACAGAUGGCCCCCCUGAUGCAGUUGCUGAGCCUGUCAGAGUGGUGGUUCUAGACUGCAGUGGUGUCACCUUUGCAGAUGCUGCAGGGGCCAGAGAAGUGGUUCAGCUGGCCAGCCGAUGCCGAGAUGCUGGGAUCCACCUUCUCCUGGCUCAAUGUAAUGCCUCAGUGCUGGGGACACUGACCCAGGCAGGACUCCUGGACAGAGUGACCCCAGACCAGCUGUUUGUGAGUGUCCAGGACGCAGCUGCACACGCCCUGCAGAGGCUGGAGCUCACUGGUCCCAAGACUUGCACAGUGUGGGUCUGACGGGUCACUUGGAGUGUGGAGGCCCCAACAAUGUGUGAGGAGGGCCUUGAUCCCUGAGCCCCUUACUUAAUGUAACUAAUAAAACGAAGCUGAGAGCC